CAAUCCAUCGUCAAUCUCCAUCGCUCGCAGCCUCGCACUCCCUCGUUAGGGCACAAGAGACGCAGAGACAGCGCCGCCUCGCCGCUUUCUCUGCUCUGCCUCCCCCUCGCCCCUUUCUCUCCCCUGUGCCGCAAAGCUGGAUCGGCGGCGACGAGGGACGCCCCGUUUCCUCACCACUCCGACAGCAACGGGCUCGACGGCAACGGGCGGCGCCACCUCUCCUCACCACAGCAGACGCAGACGGACGCGCCUCCCCUGGUUUCUCGCCGAACGUGACGAGCACGAGCAGACGCCUAUCGUCGCAACAAUGGACAAGGAAAAUGGGAAGGCGAAUGGGAAGGAGAAGGAGAAAGAGAGGACCUUGGACUCCAUUAUGAAGAGCAAGGUGCCGGUCUCGGGGAUGCAGAAGGGGAAUGGGAAGGGCAAUGCAGCAGCUACUACGCGGCUGCCAAGGAAGCUCGCAAAUGAUUGCAGCAAUGCCCCAAUCGCUGAGUUGUUGUAUAGGGUAAAAAAGAAACCUCCGCCUCGACGUCUCCCUGACCCCGCCGGCGCUGGUGUGUGUGCUGCAAUCACCGCUGCCUCCGGCUCCGCAAACUACUAUGAGAAGGAGGCUACAUCUUCCCAGGCAAUGGAGCAUGAUAAGCAAGCAGAGGAGGAUCAUGAAGAGGUGGAAGAGGACGAGGAGGAGGACGGGGAAGAGCAAGAUACUUUGUUUGAGGUGCCGCCCGGGGCUGGUGACAAAUCAGAUUCAGAUGGGUUUGUGGAUAGUGAAGAAGAAGCCUUCGAAGGUGAUGACAUGUCCGAGGAUGGUCUAGGCCUUGGUCCUACGCCUCAAGAGCAAGAAACCGUACUUCUUAGUUCGAGUGAGGAUGAAGCAAGAAAAGCGCAACGAAAGAGUGCCAAGAAGCGAAGAGGUCAAGCUCCUUCGAGGUUGAGGUCGGCUGUUUGGACCUUCUUUCAUAAGGUAGAGGUGCCAUCGAAAGAAGGUUUGAUGGAGUUGAAGGCACAAUGUAAUUAUUGUGACAAUCAAUAUGCAUAUGUCCAAGGUGGAAGCACCUCAUCCAUGGGAAGACAUAUGGACACAUGUAAGAAUUAUAAGGACAAGGUUAAUAGGGAUCUCAUCCAAGCUACUCUGUUUUUUAGAAAAACCAAUGCAACAACAAGUGGUCCAGCUAUCCAAUGCAUUGAGUAUGAUAAGGACCUCAUCAAGGAGGUCAUGGCAAAGAUGAUUUGCGUCCAUGAGUACUCAUUUAGAAUGGUUGAACAUAAAUGGUUCAACAUUCUCAUGAAGUGCUUGAAUCCAAACUAUCAACCUAUUGGAAGGAAGGCAAUAAGAGCUGAAUGCAUGAGGGUUUUCAAGAAAGAAAGGGAGUUGCUUCAAGUUGCCCUAAAGGAUGUGGACUUCAUUAGUCUGACAACCGACUUGUGGACUAGCAACCAGACCAUAUCAUAUAUGUGUGUGGUUGCACACUUUAUAGAUAAGGAUUGGAAGAUGCAAACACGUGUUCUUUCUUUCAUAGAUUUGGAUCCUCCUCACUCCGGGCAUGUGAUUUCAGAUGCUAUCUAUGAGUGUGUGACUGAAUGGAAGAUAGAGAAGAAAAUUAUAUCCAUCACACUAGACAAUGCUUCAAACAAUGAUGUUGCGGUCAGAGGUUUGAAGGCAAAGUUUGCUGUUCGGAGAGGUACGGGCUUUGAAGCCAAAUAUUUCCAUGUCCGUUGUUGUGCACACAUUAUCAACUUGGUGGUGCAAGAUGGGACAACCAUCAUGGCCCCUUUGAUAGAGAAUUUGAGAGAGACGGUUAAGUAUUUCAAGAAGUCACCGAGUCGCCUCCACAAGUUUGUUGAGACUUGCAAAAUAUUGGGUGUUGAGGUUGGCAACCAUUUGCAUCUUGAUUGUGUCACGCGGUGGAGUUCAACGUACCAGAUGCUUGAUACAGCCUGCCCGUAUAGGGAAGCCUUGUCCUCUUAUGCAGCUUCAAAUGCCAACUAUCAAUGGGAACCGGAAAAAGAAGAAUGGGACAAGUUUGAAGUUAUUAAGCCAUUGCUCCUCUCUUUAUCUCGUGUGACAACUGCGUUUUCAGGGCAAUUAUAUCCCACCUCCAACAUAUUCUACCCUCACAUUGUCAGCAUCAAGAUUGCUUUGAGAAAAGCCAUGGCUCAUGAUGAUGAAUGCUACAAGAAAAUGGGUGAUGCAAUGAUGGAUAAAUUUGACAAGUAUUGGGAUGAGCCGAACAAUGUCAUGGUGCUUGCUACCAUCUUGGACCCAAGGUACAAGAUGAGGUAUGUUGAGUGGUGCUAUCACCAAAUGUAUGCUGUGGGGAAAGCAAAUACUGAGAAGAAUAUUGUGCGCGGAGAGUUGGACACAUUGUAUGAGAAGUUUGUUGCGAAAAAUAAGCAAGCUGGAGAAAGAGCUAGUGGAUCAUCAGCCAAGAACAAUUGCAACACAAGUACCUCGAUGCCACUUAUGGAUUGUGAGUUUUAGUCCUUCUUAUCAGCAACUUCAUCAACACCAUCAAAAAGUGAGCUUAGAAACUAUCUAGAUGACUUGAAUGAGGCAAUGGAUCCUAUGUUCAAUCUUCUUGAUUGGUGGAGGGUGAAUGCACCUAGAUACCCCGUAUUGGCAAUGAUGGCAAAGAGGUUCUUGACUGUCCCGGCUACCUCCGUGUCUUCGGAAUCAACUUUUAGCACGGGUGGAAGAGUUUUAGAUGACUACAGGAGUUCUUUGAAACCAGAAAUGGUGGAAGCCUUGGUGUGCGGUGCUAGUUAUAUCAAAGGUUCUCACAAGGACUUCAAUGUGGUGGAGAGAGAUGAAGAUGAGGAGGACGAUGUUGAGAAUAUCAAGUUGCCCAAGAUUGUUGAUGUGGGGGAUAACAACAAUUGAUAAUCGUCAUGUUGGUGUUGCUCUUGCUACUUUGAAGAUGGAUGUCUACAUGAUCUUGUCAUGUGGAUUGUUGAGGUCAACGUGAUCGUCUCGAGCCAUUUCUUUUGUUGUCAUGAACUUCGAAUUAUGUGUUUGUUGUGAUGAACUUUGGAUUAUGUGUUUGUUGUGAUGAACUACGGUCCUUGAAUGAUGUUGUGAUGAACUACGGUCCUAUUGUUUCGCUGUCAACAUUU